AUGCUUGGGAUGGCUGAAGAACCCAGAGUAGAACGUCUAAGCCCUACUUUUGAGGCUUCUAACAUCUUAGCCGCCUUGGAUGGUCCACCACCAACACAAAAAGAUGGCCCUGAAAAUCUUGAACAAAAAAUGAAGAUGAAAAUGAAAGAGAAAAUUGUCAUCGAUGAUACUCAACAACCCCCACAACAACCACCACCACCACCAGCCAUCAGAUCAUCUUUGCCGCCAUCACAAAGUUCUCGGCUCCUACUUGAUAUGAAGCUGUGCAACAACUACUCUGCUCGUGGGUCAGGGUCGUCGUCGUCGAGGCUUGAACUCAGCAUGUUCAACCCUUCGAACCCGGACUCAUCAAACCCGGUCUCAGGGUACUCUCAACCCAAUGAGACCACAGACGAGAACUGUGAUGACAAAAGAUCCCAAUCUAGGGUUUUCACAUGCAACUUUUGCAAGAGGGAGUUCUCUACUUCUCAAGCAUUGGGAGGGCAUCAAAACGCUCACAAACAAGAGCGUGCCUUGGCCAAAAGGCGGCAAGGGGGACUUGAAAAUAUGGGUAGCCUCUUGAACUUCCAAUCCACUAUUGAUAGGCUCAACCUGGAGGGCCUUCAUGCUAAUGCUCCUAGUGGAAUAUUAGGGCUUCCAGGAACCAACAGCGCUUCAAGGUUUGAUCAGGAAAUCGGUGUUGUUUGCAACUUUGGUGGUUCGAGUUCGAAUUUUGGAAUCAACAGGCCAAUCCGUUGUGAUCUUCUCCACCGUGAGCCUCCAACAUCUGAUACCGAUGCUGCUGCCCUAGAUCUGUCUCUUAAGCUUUAG